AAAACAUAGGGGACAAGUAUUUCCGGUUUUGACAUAUUGCCAAAACAAAAAGAAAAAUAUUGACUUGAGGGUCUUGCCACUGUGUUGCAAGUAUUGGUAGUAAUAUCCUGGGAUGUCUUAUCCAAUAACAGUGAAGAAGAGUGUAUUUAGAGGAGACAUGGGAAACCUACGUGAAAAUAUAGAUAAUUUAGGAAAGAAUAAAGAAUGGGAAAAACUGCUUGAGUCUGUAGAUGGUGAUGAAGAAAUGGCUAAUUCUACCAGGUGUGUAGAAGAAAACAUAGAGACCACUCUUAACACACCACUUCAUUAUGCUGCACUUGGAUCUGCUCCCAAGGAUGUUUUCAAAAAACUGCUUCAAAUUGGAUCUGCUAAAUGCCUCAAGAAUUCUGCAGGGGAGACAGCGUAUGACAUUGGGGUAAAGUCGCAGCUCCCUCAAGAUGUUUUGGAGCUGAUUAAAAUCCCACAAGAAAUAAAACAGAAAGAAAAAAUGAUACAGAAAUUCGAAGAAGGCUUACAUAAAGUCAUUAUGGAGAGAGUUGAAAAUUUAAUAAAGGACAAUAAACAGACUCUUCCUCAAGUGGCAUAUUUGUUUGAGAAGGGUAGCUUCUACUUCCCUGUUCCAGGGAUGUAUGGUGGAUUCAAUGUUGAGAAAAAUGGAGAAAAUAAAAUCCAAACUUCCAGCUGGAUAAGGAUCUGUGGAGGAAGUGGACAAACUCAUGAAAUUGACAGUGAUGGAAAUGUGAAACUGACAGAAGAAGGGUUCUGUUAAGAUCUGAAUAUAUGCCUGUGAUAUACUGUGAAAUCACAAAUUUUCAUGGUGGUUUAAAUUUCAUUGUUUUUGAAGUGUGAGGAGACCCAUGAUAAUUUAUAUCCACCAUGAAAUGUAAAAUGUUACAUAAAUACUCUUGAUUCUACAUCCACAAAAUCAAAUCCCCAGGAACUAAGAUUUUUUCCUCCAACCACGAUAAUUUGAACCCAUGAAAAUAAGUGAUUUUAUGGUAUUAUUUCUUCCUUCUCAUGUGACAUAGAGGCUACAGUAAGCUCUUCUGAUCAAAGUUUGGCUGCUUUAUUUAUGUAUAUGCCAUAUUGCAUGUAUGUAUGUGUGGUUGAAAGAAUCCAUUGUUAGCCUUUCUAAUUUUUUCAGAACAGCAUUUGAGGCUUUUUCAAGUUAACUUGUUAAAUCAAAUAUGUUCAAGGUUUUUAAAUAUUGAAUCUAAUUCAAGUUUUUUUAUCCUUCCCCCUAGAUUGAUAAGAACACAACAGAAGGCUAAACAUUUGAUAAAAGGAUUUUUAUAAGGAACUGUUAGGAUUGAUGUAUGUAUUGAAUAUAUUUCUUAAAUAUAACUGCACUAUAAGUCUAAUGACAUGUGCAAUUGAUACAUGAAGGAUGACUUUAUUAAAAGGCUCCAAUUUGGGUUAUUAGAAGAGAUCUCAAAGGAAAGGACUGUGAAUACAAGAGUAUUUCAAACUUAUAGAAGUUCAUAGUUUUACUAUAGUGGACUUUUUUUUACAUGUACAUGCCCUUACCAAAAGAGUUUUAUUUUACAGAAAUUUAUUAAUAAACAUUGGUAAAUUAUACUCACUAACCAUCUACAUUCACUAUAAAAAAAAUAACAGCAAAUAUGCCAGCCAUAUUUUAUAACUAUUGUGUAAAAAGUAGGCAAGAUCUAGGAAUUAAUGUUCAUACUUGUUUGAUCAGGGAGAGGUAAUAGUGUGACACGGGUGAAUGGUGUGGUCCACAGGCCUCUUGAUUUUCUCAUCCUCUUUACAUAUUAUACCUUUUACUUAC